CAGCGCAGGAAAGAGGAGGUGUGAGCUGCAUCUGUUACACAGACGCCCAGGUGGAGAUGGAUGAUUCCGAAACAUGAUCCUCUGAGAUCCGUUUCAGCUCCUACACUUUCGGUUCGUUUGUGUCUCGGGCCCCGUUAAAACUGGACCGGUCAGGUAGGAGCUUUUUGGAGGAAUGGGUGCUCUACAGUCCUUACCUGGUCAGCCAGAAUACAUUGAUCUGGCGGAAAAGACGGGGUUUUCACUUGAACAGAUUGCAGUCCUGCAUAAAAGAUUCAAACAGUUGAGCCACAACGAAGAAAGUCUACGGAGAGAUCACUUCAAUGAAAUCCCAGAUCUUGCAUGCAACCCCAUCCGUGCACAGAUCAUAGAGGCUUUCUUUGACAGAAGAAACUAUCGCCAGAAUGGUGAGGGGACGGUUGAGGAGAUCGGCUUUGAGGAGUUCCUGGUGGUCAUGUCCCAUUUCAGGCCCCCGUCUCUGCACAUGACAGAGGAACAGCGUGAGAGUGUCAGGAGGGAGAAACUGAGAUUUUUAUUCAACAUGCAUGACACAGACAACGAUGGGACAAUAACUCUUGAAGAAUACAGACAUGUGGUGGAGGAGCUGUUAUCUCGCAGUGGGGCACUGGGGAAGGAAACAGCCAAAAGCAUUGCUGAUGCAGCCAUGCUGGAGGUGGCUAGUAUUUCUAUGGGACACAUGGAACCUGAUGAAUUCUAUGAGGGAAUUACAUUUGAGCAUUUCCUCAAGUUGCUGGACGGCUUUGAAAUUGAAUCAAGAAUGAACAUUCGCUUUUUGAAUAUGGACACGACAACGCUGUGUAAGUGAGCUGCUCCUGUUCAAACUCAUGCCUCCUGACCAGACUCCGGCGUUUUAGGGCCCUGCAGCUCCGGUCGUAGACCAGCCUCUGCUGGGCCAGCAGAUGAGCUUCCUCCUCAGCCUGAGAGCGCUGAAUUGUUUCUUUGUGC